AGCAACGCCUGAGGUGAUAGAGAGCUGGAGUAAGUCCACUGUUAGCCAGACCCAAAAACUACCUUCUACAAAAUGUUCAGGUGUGGUUUGUGUUUCUGCAUGAUAUUACUCCUCCUAUCAACGUCUCUUGGAGAAACUAGCAGCACUUCUUAUGACUAUUGUGCUUCGGAUCCAUGUAAAAAUGGUGGAACAUGCGAAGAAAACGAAAACGAUUUUUACUGUGAAUGUCCACCUCAUUUUGUAGGAAAGACUUGCGCGACAAAAAUAGAUGUAUGUAAGAAUAAUCCUUGUUUCAAUGGCGGAACGUGCGAGAUAGUAGAAGACGGUCCACAUCCAUUCAUAUGCGUAUGCACCGAGGAAUAUUCUGGAAGAUUCUGCAAUCUUACAAUAAAGAACUGCCUUUCGAAUCCUUGCAAAAAUGGUGGAACGUGUGAAGAAGAAGAAGAUGGAUUUUACUGUCACUGCCCAUCUCAUUUUGGAGGAAAAACUUGCUCGUUAAGUUUCGAAAUAUGCGCGUCACACCCUUGUUUGAAUGGAGGAACAUGUAUACUUGUAGAAGAUGGCCCACGUGAAUACAUGUGUAAAUGCAAUGAGAAGUAUGGUGGAGAAAAUUGUCAAAUAAAAAAGCCACCUAUGGUCAGUGACAGGUUUCAUACAGUUGGAGAAUUGGUGUUUCCUCUUGUGCCUGAUAGAGAAAUAUCUGAGGCUGAAAUUGUUUGCGCCAUCGAAGAAAGUUAUGAUCCUCACGUAGGAAUGUCUGUGUUUCACAUUACCAUAGCUGGAGAACAAGAUACCAUUGUCGAGAACUUAUUCCUAAAUCAAACCUUUAUGCAUAAUUCAAGUGGUAG